UGCAUUCAUCUACUAGAAUACCCUGCAUUUAUAAAGAAACCACCCUAGUCACAACUGAUAAUUACUGAACUUACGUGUUUGUUCCUCUGUCUGAUCUCUGCCGACACCAGUUUGACCAGAUGUCUGCACAAGCCGACCAGUAUGGAAAUGAGCUGCGCAGCACCAAGGGGGAAAUAUCUGAGCUCAAAAGAAUGAUCAGCCGCCUGCAGAACGAGAUCCAGGCUGUAAAGGGACAGCGUGAGAGCCUUGAAGGCCAGAUCGUGGAAGCGGAGCAGCGUGGUGAGGGGGCCGUGCAGGAUGCCAAGAGUCGCAUCAAGGACCUGGAGCUGGCUCUGCAGAGGGCCAAGCAGGACAUGGCUCGGCAGCUCAGAGAGUACCAGGAGCUCAUGAAUGUCAAGCUGGCCCUGGACAUAGAGAUCUCCACCUACAGGAAGCUGCUGGAGGGAGAGGAGGAAAGGUGA